GUCGCCGCCCACCCAGUUACACACAGCAUGUAAACAGUCCCCGCCGGGAGGAGCCCCGGGACCGGAGGGAACCCGCGCCGCCCGUCCCCGCCGCCUGCCCCAGAGCCCGAGGAGCCGCGCGCUGCCCGCCCGGGAGGAGGGCGCCCGAGAAGAGGAGGGCGGGCGGCGGAGGGAGCGGGAGGCGGGUGGCGCGCGAGGAGGCUGAGGGAGCGGCGGGCGCGGCGGGCCAGGAUGGAUUUCCAGCAGCUGGCUGACGUUGCGGAGAAAUGGUGCUCCAACACGCCCUUCGAGCUCAUCGCCACCGAAGAGACCGAGCGCAGGAUGGAUUUCUACGCCGACCCCGGCGUCUCCUUCUACGUGCUGUGUCCGGAUAACGGCUGCGGGGACAAUUUUCACGUGUGGAGUGAGAGCGAGGACUGCCUGCCUUUUUUGCAGCUAGCACAGGAUUACAUCUCCUCCUGCGGCAAGAAGACGCUCCAUGAAGUCUUGGAAAAAGUCUUCAAGUCUUUCAGACCUUUACUGGGGCUUCCAGAUGCAGAUGACGACGCGUUUGAAGAGUACAGUGCAGAUGUGGAAGAGGAGGAGCCAGAGGCCGACCACCCCCAGAUGGGGGUCAGUCAGCAGUAGACUUCCAAGGGCUCCCACCUGAGAAGGAGCGUGAGCCCCGUGGUACCCGAGGGGGGUUUCCAAGCUCCUGGGUUAGCAUUUUGCAUUAGCACUUCGAAACAGGACGGCUGACUCCCAGCAUCCAAAUUAAAAAUGAAAUACCUUUUUAAUGACCACAAAAUAUCUGGGAUGAGCUUUGCUCAGAAGUGACCUGAAUUUUACUCCCGUUUCGGUGGGUCUCUGUGGAGUUGUCUUGUUAGCCUUUGCCGUUUUGAAUUUGGAGUCCGUCUUGUGGCUGACUGUUCUCUCUUGGGUUUAUGUUGGAGAGCUAACAUUUGCUGACUCGACUGUCGAGAACUCUGAAUGUAUUAAGGAUGUGUUUUGAGUCAUCGCAGGUGACAUUAUUGAGGGAAAGCAUGGCAGAGAAGAAAUGCAGUCUGCACUUUUUAUGUACCUUUUAAGUGUAUGUAAGUGGAAGGUUUGCUUAUAAAGCAUGAGUUUUAAUACCUAGUCAUUAAACUGCACAAGUACAAAUACAAGGGCAGAAAAAAAAGAAUUACUUAGUUUUGGAUUAAGAGGGUAAGAGAGGCAAAGGAGCCUUCGUUUAAGUGUUCUGCCAUUACUAAGGUACCUGGAUAUAUAGCAGCUGGUUCAUGGUUAGGUAUAAACAUGACUUGCAUGUUCGAUUAUUUUAAAACAUGCUGAUUCCAAAGCCACUUUUAAAGGCUAAUAGUGGAGAAUAUAAAUGGGGUGACGUAAAUCAUUGACUUUAAAAUGUUUCUAAGCCACCCCACCUAUGAAAUGAAACAUUGACCUUCUCUCUUUAUAACAAGAUGGCAACUUGUUAAAUCAUGAAAACAUCCCAAAUCCAAGUGCCACUUAAACUUUGAAGCCAUAGAUAAAUUUAAAGGGGAAAAUAAACCAGGAUUUAAAAAAUGUUUUUUAGAUAUGAUGGAAUCCUUCUUUACUUUCUUAAUCUAUCUUUUAUUCCUUAAAAAAAAAAGUCAAGAAAAUGAUCCCACUGUGUAAUUUAUUAAACAAUUGUAAUCAAGUGCUUUAAGGAACCUAAUUGCAGUGAAGUUUUAAAGUGGUGUGAAGGUAGGGGGUCUUUGAAUCCUGGGUUAACUUGGUUCAGAAGGGACGUUUUAAUGAUCAAUAUCCUCCGACAACUAACUGGAAACACUGCUGGCAUCAUUUAGCAGCAGAGACGUGGCGGGGGGUGGGGGUGGGGAUUCUUUGUAACGCUAACGUGGAAUUAUUUAAAACAUUCAUUUUUCUUAGAUCCUUCUAUAUCUCUGGUUCAAAUAACAUAGGAUGCAGAUUGCCUCUUUUACAACACUCGACUCAACAUAACAUCUGGGAUGGACCUGUUUUUAACAUGCAUUCACGUGCCUGCGGGGGCGUCAAAGUUUUGGAUGGAAAAAAAAAAAAAAAAAAAAAGCAGCAGCAGCAGCAGAGGCCACGGAGCUGAUGGGAGCCUUGUAUAUCUUCCAGGCAUGUCGAUGUCAACCUGAUUAUCUCAACAUUUUCUGUUUAAUUGAUUGGUGCUGUGAGGCACACAGCUGCUCGUGGUAAAACGGGGUCCUGCAGUGUUCAGUCAUUGGGUAAAAUAAUAUAGUGGUUUCCAUCUGUGCUUCAGUACCACGUUUGUUUUUCUUCUUGGAAAAACCUAUUAAAGGUUAACUUCAAGUGAAAUGAAUUUCCUUCUGAGUAGCCUGUUAACAAAACAAACCUUGGGGGUUUAUCCAGUGGGGCAGGCGGCUUGUGCUGCCCGGUCCCUCGCUGGUGUUCUGAUUGGCUGCGUACCUGAGCACAGGUGACUGGAAGCUACACCUCCAGGAGGCAGGGCCCUGGUCUCUAAGCGCGCCCAAAACAGGACUUCUGCCACCGACCUCCAGAAGCUUGACUAGCUUGCUCCAUUCAAAGGUAAACUGGAGUUUUGUACGCAAAGGCUUAAAAUCUGAAUUUACGUAUGUUUGGAAGUAGGGUGGACAUGAGCAUAAAAUUUAUUUGAUCAAAAAGGUGUUUAAGUUUUGAUCAAAUGCAUUGCUGUAGUACUAUGUUAAUGUGCUCGGUUUAUAAAAAUUGAGCUGAGAUGGACUCAGCCCUUCAGGGAGCCAGGGAGAAAUCCGGUUUUUGUUCUGCCCCAGGGCGAGGGGAGAACAUCGCUGUGUGUUACUUAUUUUCGCCGCAAAACCCCAAAAGGCGCUUGCAAAUCGGAUUGUUUCCUCUGAAGCUUCGUUUCCAAUGUGCACCUCCCCGCCAGGGCUGGCACCUCCCCGCCAGUGCCGGCUGCUGACACACGUGCACACGUGCACGCUAACGGCCCUCGCAGCGCGGAUUUUCUCUUGGGGUCUCGCGUGGCUUCAGAGCAGAGCUUCCCCUGGCCGGUCAGGGGUGCAGGCAGCCUGUGGUUCUUGUUAUCGAAAUGGUUCCCUGGCUAGACAGGUACCAGACUCACGAACACGUAAACACACCUACCGAGAGGCAGUGUGGUGCCCCGGGGGGGAGUGUAGACCCAGGCCUGGGAGAGAGACCUGGGUUUAGUCCUGACCCUGCCAGGGACCGCGUGCCCUUGGGCAAGUCACUUCACUAGCGAGAAGCGGGGUUGUUUGCUCUUCCUGCUUUAACCACUGUCCUUCCUUAACCGCCUUACCGUGUGUGUGUGUGUGUGUGCGCGCGCGCGCGCGUGCAUGUGUGUGCGCGUGUGUGUAGAGCAACAAUCAAGGACACUUUUCGGGCAGUGCAAAGGAAGUACAUGUUGAAUCUUACUGUCCUUAGGAUCCUGGCCCAGGAUGACCUUAGAACAUGUUUGUGCUGGUCUGUGAGUGUCUGAAGCCUCCAGGAGUGAUACUGAGGGGCUGGGGAGAUUCGUUCCUUGGGCGAGGGGGCAAAGGAGGGCCCCAGAGAUGUGGGAGGCAAGCAUGUCCCAGUUGCGCACCCUCCGCUCAGAAGGCCUGGAAUCUCUUUGUGUCCUGACCGUCUGGGGCUUUGGAGGUAGAAUAAGCUUGACUGGGAGGAGGAAAUGGGCAUGAAGAAUGGCUGGAAGAGAGUGGAAGAGGAGAGCUUUUUGGCCGUGUCAUCCAGCAGAGACAAAGAGAGUAGUAGAGAAAGUGUGUGUGUGUGUGUGUGUGGAUAGGGGAUCGAAUGCUUGUUGAUCCUGGUAGGUUAGCUGUGAAGUCAUGCCUAUGAUAACAUUCCAGAACCUUGAUCCCAGGUUUGAGUGCCUCACAGAGACAAUUUUUUUUCCCCCCGGCUCCUUUCGGUUACUGUUCGCUGCCUGGUGAUCAUACUGAGCAGACUCUGGGGAGUCAGAGAGCAAAUUCUGUUGGGAGGUGAGAUGCCCACACCAUGCCUGCCACUGCCCCGGGCACUGCAGGGUCCACUCAAACCUCUGGGCUCCCAGCCGCUCCCAGUGCUCUUCCCCGUGCCUCGCACAGGAAUCGUCUCCUGUUUAGAGAUUCUCCUUGGGUCCUGUGCCAGACUGAGGCCUUCAGUGUUCUUAAGUGUCUCACCUGUCGUGGUCACUGUCAGUUUCCACACAGGAGCAGAGACCCUUCCCCAGUACAAGUUCACCUCUAAACAUUGCUUCUGUUUCCUGAGAGCACAAAGCAUGUGGAUCUAGGGGAGCUGUGAUACUAGAGCAUCAUGGGCCCUUAUAUGUUAGGAAUCUGCCUUGCAUAUUAAAAGAUCAAAUUGGGGAGUUCCCGCUGUGGCAGUGGGUUAAGAACCUGGCAUUGUCUCUGAGGCGGCAUGGGUUUGAUCCCCAGCCCGGGAGUUUCCAUAUGCUGAAAAAUAGGUGUGGCCAAAAAAUAAAAAUAAAAUAAAAACACUUUGGGAAGCUGUGGUAUGAUGACCAGAUCUGAUUUUCCGGGUUUGAGAGACAUAGGGGAGUAGGCAGAACUUAACCUGGGGCAGGAGGAGAUGAGGCAGAUAGAAUGGGGAGAGUUUAGGGUCUGACUAUUUAAUAAUCAAUAAGCCAAGAGGCAGUUAUCCUGUCAAGUACAAGAGAACCGGUUUCCUGGCUGUCUUACUAGGAGCCAGCUUUCCUCAAAGAGACUACCUGCCUGUUGAGGGGCAAGGCCUGGGUUGGGGGUGGCUUUGUGGCUUUAAAAAUGCCUCCCAGCCCAGGAGACAACAGGUGCCCUGCAAAUCUGGGAGUUCUAGUCCUCACCGAACCAGCUGCCAACCAGAGCAGUCCGUGUUUCCAAAGUGCCCACAGAUCUGACUGGGGCUCCAACCACCUGGCAGGCAGAAUCCGACUCAAACUUGACCUUGGUGUCAGCAAAGCGGGCCUAAGGGCAGAGCCCACCUGCUCCACCGCACUUCCAGGUUGUAGCACGAGCACAAUUAAAACUCAAGCAGAUCCCAGAUCCCUCUUCCCUUUAGUGAUAUUAACUCCAAAGAGAUGCCACUGCCUGACUGCUUAGUCUUCAGAUUACCAGAGAAGCCUCAAUUUUUUAAAAAAUUCAAAACAAAUCCUCUCCCAUAAAGGCACAGUCCAUUAGCUGGGUUUGGUGAUAGCAGGUGUGACCCGAAAGGCUGAAGUCGUUUAGAUUUUGUACAGAAAGUUUCUCAAACUUGCCACCAUGCCAGUAGCCACUGGUAUCCGUGGCAACGUGAUGUCCACGUUGAGCAAAUUGUUGAAAAUCAUGUGUGGUCUUUGAUAUUUUUAUUUCCAUUUGGAUGACAAAAACAGAGGAACUCUGAGCGUUUCACGUUGUUAGAAAGUCCCUUUAAAGCACGGUAGGGCUGAACAGGCACAAGUAGUUAAAAGCCGGCACCAGGCCACACAAAAAUAAACAUUUAAUUUGCUGAGAAGUGUAUAUUCAAGUUAUUCAGUACCCCAGAGAAAGCUGACAGUCUGUCCUUUGUAAAACUGCCAUUGCCUGUUUUUUUCCUUUGGUUUUGUUUUUGUUCAGAUUGGUUUUUUUUUUUUUUUUUUGACUCUAAGUACUUUCUGAUAGCUAAGCAGAUAAGAUACAGAGCAGACCUCUAUACCAAUGUCAGCUUUUUAGAGGAGAAAGUAAAUUGUCAGUUCUCGGGAAAACUUGCAGCUCUCUAGGUACCUGUCUUAAUUUGUGUAAGAGAGCAGCGUUUGCCUGUCCACAUAGAAGCGAAAGCAAGGAACAGUUUGGGGGUUUUGGUUUUUAGGCAAGAAACGUUUCAGGCAGGGUGUGUAUGCUUUCUUUGCCUUUAUUUUUCCUUUCAAAGAAAUCUCUUGUAAGUGACAAAACUGUGAAAUGGGUUUGCCAAAAAUUGUUGACCUUCGUUAGAUGCUUCGAGCCGUGUAAACCCCACAUGGAACCCUGUCCACACCUGCUCCUCGCCCUCUCCCCUGAGAGCAAGGAGCUCAUCCAACGAUGUAAUUACCAUUCGCUUGCUAUUAAAGAGCCUUCCGAACUCCGAA